CCGCAAUGCACGCCGAGGGCGCUGAACUGAAAGAGAAGACAGAAGUUGGAUUCCGGCUGAUUCCGGCGUGGUUUUCGGUACCGUGAGCUGAAAAUACGUGAACUCAACUGGAAAAAACUGUAUGAAACCGAUCGUCGCGAGAGUCGAGUUGCGAGAAUAACGCGACGAUCAUGCUGGUACUUUUCGAGACGCCGGCGGGCUACGCGAUCUUCAAGUUACUGGAUGAGAAAAAACUUGCCCAAUCGGAGAAUCUUUACAAGGACUUCGAGUCGCCGGAAGACGCUAGUAGAUUAGUUAAGCUGACAUAUUUUCACAAAUUUGAGGACACCACUGAAGCGCUAGCUGCCACUACGGCACUUGUGGAGGGCAAGUUGUCUAAAUCUCUAAAGAAAACGCUUAAGAACAGCUGCAAGGAGGCUCAUGAACAACUGGCAGUCGCAGAUGCAAAACUAGGAUGCGCCAUCAAGGAGAAACUUUCUCUAUCCUGUGUGAGCAACACAGCGGUGCAAGAACUAAUGAGAUGCAUUCGAAAUCAGAUGGACAGUUUGGUCAGCGGGGUUACUAAAAAAGAGAUGGCAGCGAUGGCACUGGGCCUGGCGCACAGUCUUUCCAGGUAUAAGCUGAAAUUCUCACCUGAUAAGAUUGAUACUAUGGUGAUUCAGGGAGUGUGCCUGCUGGAUGAUUUGGACAAGGAGCUCAACAACUACAUAAUGCGAGCGCGCGAAUGGUAUGGCUGGCACUUUCCUGAGUUGGGCAAGAUAGUGACUGACAAUCUUCAAUACAUAAAGACUAUGCAGAUCAUCGGCCAGCGUGAUAAAAUUGGGAAGUGCGAUCUGUCGGACAUUUUGCCAGAGGACAUCGAUGAAAAGGUGCGGCAGGCUGCAGAAACCUCAAUGGGCUCGGAGAUCUCAGAGGACGACGUCGAUCUCAUGCUCGCCUUGUGCAACGAGAUAAUCGAACUGCACCAGUAUCGAGCCGAUCUGAAUAAUUAUCUGAAGAGCAGAAUGAUGACAUUGGCUCCAAAUCUAUCGAUUCUCGUCGGCGAUCUGAUCGGCGCGCGUUUGAUAUCAAAGGCCGGCUCCCUACACAAUCUCGCUAAGCAUCCCGCAUCCACCUUGCAGAUCCUUGGCGCGGAAAAGGCAUUAUUCCGCGCGCUCAAAUCAAAAAAGAACACUCCUAAAUACGGUUUGAUCUAUCACUCGCAGCUCGUCGGUCAAUCUUCAAACAAGAACAAGGGCAAGAUGUCCAGGAUGCUGGCAGCGAAAGCCUCUCUGGCGACGAGAUUCGACGCAUUGAGAGAUACCACGGAAAAUCUCGGCCCCAAUCUCGAUAUCAAUCUCGGCAUGGAGCACAGAGCGACCCUGGAGAGGCGACUGAAACUACUCGAAGAGGGUAAUAUACGUCGGAUAAGUGGCACUGCUCGCGCAAAGGCCACGUUCGAAAAAUAUCACAGCAAGAACGAAUAUAUGCAAUAUUCCGCAUCUGCAGACUCGACUCUACCGUCUCAAUCGACUCAGAAGAAACAGGUGCCAUUAAUUGAGGAGAUCGACAUGAAGGAGGACACAAAAGAAGAAAUACCUAAAAAGAAGAAAAAGAAACACAGCACAAACCAUGAAAUCAAAGAGGAAAUCAAGGGAGAAGAAGUGAAAAUAGAAAUGGGUGCUGUGCCGAAGAAAAAGAAGAAACGUAAUUCGGAACCUAAUAUAGAACAGGGAGAAUGUUCUGAUGCACAAGUAAAAAUGGAAUCAGAAGAAGUUAGUCCAAAGAAAAAGAAGAAAUACAAUACAGAAGACACAGCAGAAGCUUCUGGUACUCAAGAAGAAGUUCAAGUGAAAACCGAAUCGGAUAUUGCAUUGAAGAAAAAGAAAAAACAUAACGUAGAACCAGAAAAUGCAGAGGACUUAAGCACUUUAUCAAAAAAGAAGAAGAAACACAGCAUAGAAUCUAAAACGGAAGAUAUAGGUGAGGCUUCUGGUACACAAGAAAUAAGAAAAGUUGAAGAUUCAGAUUUCAUAUCGAAGAAAAAGAAAAAGAAAAAGAAGGAAUCGAUUGAAACUGAGGAGACAGCAUCUGUGAAAAUUGAGGAAACGUUUGAUGUAGAUAUUUCAGGCGAAGCUGGAACGAGUGAAGAGAAAAAGAAGAAAAAGAAAAAGAAGAAAGAAAAAGAAAGCGAGGAGAUGCAACAAAGUACAGUAUCUGUUGAAGAAGUAGAGGAACCAGUUUCGAGCGAGAAAAAGAAAAAGAAGAAAAAGAAAUCAAAGGAAGAAUAAUUUGUAUAGAUUGCAUAAAGAAUAGGAUAAAUACAAUUUUAUAUUAAAUUUCUACAUAUAUAAGUAAACACAAAUAGCCCUUGCCCUUGUAUUGCUCUUGUACGAGGCAAAUACUCAAUCUUCAUUUCUUUUUAUUUCAUAAACAUACAAGUUGUGAUAUAGAAGUUGAUGCUGUACUUUCUGAACGAAAAGAAAGUUUCAAAGUUACUUUUUAUAUUACAUCUAUGCAAUUGAUAAAAAUAAUAAAAUAGAAAAUGAAUUAUUUGUGUCAUAUGAGAGCAAUAAAAAGAUGAUAAGAAUAUUUUUUAUUCAGUAGGAGUAAGAAAACGAAAUAAAUCCGAGAAUUGUUAUCAAAGUAUUUUUUCCUCAGGAUUUUGUUUUAAUUAUAAAUUAAAAUCGUUAAUAACGCUACGAAUAGGAUCUCUAAAUGACAUAAUGGAGUUGCUUGAGAAUUGAUUAAUGAAAGGAUUCAUGUAAAAUAUUGUAUAGUUUUUUCGUAAUAAAUAUAUUAAUGCAUAAAUUAAAAAA